AAGAGUUUCCGAGGCAUUGGAGAAAGUGAGUGAUGGCGUCUUCAUUUGCCACCCACGUGCCGCUACCAUUUCCACACCACAGAUUUAGCCACAGUAAAGCCUCGCUAUCCGACCAUGGAAUAGGCGUCCGGCUGCGGAAGAGAAGCUACAGCCGUCAGAGAGCGGCGAAGCCCGGGUACAGGCCGCUGAGGGUCAGAAACGAGAAGGUGGUGGGCAUAGAUUUGGGGACGACGAACUCUGCUGUUGCUGUGAUGGAAGGCUGAAAGCCUACAAUCGUGACGAAGGCAGAAGGGCAGCGGACGACGCCUUCUGUGGUGGCGUAUACCAAGGCCGGAGACCGCCUCGUGGGUCAGAUUGCCAAGCGCCAGGCUGUGGUGAACCCGGAGAACACCUUCUUCUCUGUAAAGAGGUUCGUCGGCCGGAAGAUGUCUGAGGUCGACGAUGAGUCAAAGCAGGUGUCGUACAGCGUGGUGAGAGAUGAGAAUGGGAACGUCAAGUUGGAGUGCCCCGCCAUUGGAAAGCAAUUCGCCCCCGAGGAAAUCUCUGCUCAGGUUUUGAGGAAACUUGUUGACGAUGCGUCAAAGUUCUUAAGCGAUAAGGUCACCAAAGCAGUCAUUACAGUGCCAGCAUACUUCAAUGACUCUCAGAGAAUUGCAACAAAAGAUGCUGGCCGUAUUGCUGGGGUAGAAGUUUUGCGUAUCAUCAACGAGCCUAAUGCUGCUUCACUAGCAUACGGAUUCGAAGAGAAAAACAAUGAAACUAUUCUCGUUUUCGAUCUUGGUGGUGGUACCUUUGAUGUCUCAGUGAAGAGAGUUCUAUCUUCGCCUUCUCGACAGUUUCGUUUACCGUUCAUAACUGCCACUACAGAUGGUCCAAAGCAUAUUGAUACCACACUUACACGGGUCAAGUUUGAAGAUUUAUGUUCAGAUUUAUUAGAUAGGUUGAAAAGACCCGUUGAAACUUCCUUAAAAGAUGCAAAGCUAUCCUUUAACGACAUAGACGAAGUCAUCCUUGUUGGUGGAUCUACACGAAUUCCUUCUGUACAAGACCUUGUCCGGAAAUUGACUGGUAAAGAACCGGUCAACCCUGAUGAAGUUGUUGCUCUUGGAGCUGCAGUACAGGCAGGGGUUUUGUCUGGUGAUGUAAGCAACAUUGUGCUGUUGGAUGUAAUUCCACUAUCCCUUGGCCUUGAGACUCUUGGUGGUGUUAUGACAAAGAUCAUCCCAAGGAACACAACUCUACCCACAUCCAAAUCUGAGGUUUUCUCAACUGCAGCAGAUGGGCAAACCAGUGUUGAAAUAAAUGUGCUUCAAGGGGAAAGAGAAUUUGUGAAAGACAACAAAUCCUUGGGAAGUUUUCGCCUUGACGGGGUUCCACCCGCUCCUCGUGGUGUCCCACAGAUUGAAGUGAAGUUUGACAUUGAUGCUAAUGGCAUCCUCUCUGUCACUGCUAUAGAUAAAGGAACUGGAAAGAAAAAGGACAUUACAAUUACAGGUGCCAGCACCUUGCCCAAAGAUGAGGUAGAUAGAAUGGUUCAGGAAGCAGAGAAGUUUGCAAGAGAGGACAAGGAGAGGAGGGACGCCGUUGACACAAAGAAUCAGGCAGAAUCUGUCGUCUACCAGACUGAAAAGCGACUGAAAAGAAAUUGAAGGAGUUAGGAGAGAAGGUCCCUACGGACGUCAAAGACAAGGUGGAGUCUAAGGUGAAAGAGCUGAAAGAUGCCAUUUCUAGCGGUUCGACCCAAACCAUUAAGGAUGCCAUGGCGGCACUGAACCAAGAAGUGAUGCAACUCGGGCAAGUUCUCUACAGCCAGCCAGGUUCAGGCAGACCUACCCCUACACCUACUCCUGAUGGCACAACAGAAAAAUCAGGUUCAUCAUCAUCGGGUAAAGUUGCUGGAGAAGGAGAAGUUAUUGAUGCUGAUUUUCGUGAAAGCAACUGAAAGGCCCGCCGGGCUCCUCGGUAAAUUAGUGCCUGCAAAUGUGUAUUGUUAGUUAUCUAGCUCCCAUUUAGAUCAUUUUCCUGUUUGGGGAAAUUAAGAGUUGAGCAACGUACCUUUCUUGAUGUAAGAUUUUCAUCCCCUAGAUAUUGAGUGUCAAGAUAACUAGUAGAUAGACCGGGAAUGGUGGCAAGCGGAGGGCUAAUAUUUGAUUAU